GGUAAUUAUUUAAUCGGUCGGAUUCCUUAUUCAUUGGUAAAACAGAAUGAAGAACUAUGUUGUAGAUUUAAAGAUGUAUAUACUCUAUUACAAAUAAAUGUUACUUUCUAUAUUGUUGAUGUCAUAUCAAUAGUUUUCCUUCUGCCGGCAUCAGAUAAAUUCUAAAUUUUGCUUCCAGCGGUAAGUAACGGAGAACCUCUGUCCGCGGAGCUAAACGUUGGUGAUCACGCUCAGCUCGGCUACGACGGGAUACGCAUUGUCGACAGAGGCGAUGAUCACAAAAUCCUACUUCCAGACUUGCCGCUACGAUCUAGCGCCAUGAUUUUGGUAUCGCCUAAAACCGUAGCGUUGUGCAUCUCCCUACUUAUCUCUGUAAAAUUCAUAACAAUGUUACUUCAGGGUGAUACACGUGCUUUUCGGGAUUGAACCAUGUGAGAUUUGUAAUGUGUUAUUACUGGUGUAAAUAGUUUAUUUGUACAUGAAUUAUACGUAAACCAGAGAAAAUGUCCCGAAUAAUCGUGAAGAAUUUACCAAAAAGUGUUACAGAAGCUAGGUUGAAAGAAUUAUUCAGUCAAAAAGGAAUUGUUACGGAUGUACAAUUAAAGUAUACAAAGGAUGGCAAAUUUCGGCGUUUUUGUUUUAUUGGUUUUAAGGCAGAAGAACAGGCACAAGCUGCUUUAAAUUACUUCGAUAAGACAUGCAUCGAUACUUCAAGAAUAUCAGUGGAUAUGUGUGCCAGCCUAGGUGAUACUUCAAAACCAAAAUCUUGGAGCAAGUAUGCUUUGGAUAGUACAACUCACAAGCUUUCUAAUGAAAAGGAAGUACCGAGCAAUGAAAUACAGGAGCAUGAAAAAAAGACAAAGUCCAAGAAAAAGAAAGAAGUUGGUAAUGAAGUUAUAGAUGCUUUAGAAAAGCACAAGGAUGAUCCACUCUUUACUGAAUUCUUGGAAAGCCAUGCCGCAGGAGCAGCUAAGCAGGUCUGGAGCAACGAUACUAUAGCAAACAUUAAAGAUUUUGGAAAUACUGAAGAGGAAAUUAAUGAAAAUGAAAAAGAUAGUGAAAAUGAGGAUGAUAGCUCUGUGAAACCAGAUAACGAAAAGAAAAGUGAUGUGAAGGUUGCAGUGCAAAAAGUUUCCGAUCUUGAGUACAUGAAAUCGCUGAAAAAAGGAUCUCAAUCAGCUAAGAAAACUGAUAGUACUACUGAAGGUACUAAAAAUGCGCAUGGUCCUCGCGAAUUUUUCACAGUAAAAGUAACAGGACUUGGAUAUAAUCAAAAAAAGAAAGAUAUUAAGCAAUUUUUUCAUUCAUUAAAACCAAAAUCUAUACGAGUGCCACAAAAAAUCAAAGGAAUCGCAUUCGUCGGUUUUGAAACCGAAAAACAAAUGAAACAGGCAUUAAAUAAACAUAAAAGUUUUCUAGCCGGAAAACGUUUAUUCGUAACGAAAUACGAAAAAAAGGAAAAUCCACAAAAUGCAACAAUGCCAGAAAAGAAAAUCCAUAAUCAUAAGUGGAAGCAACAAGAAGAAGCUCUCGAGAAAGAAGAAAGUAUAGCUGAAUCAGGAAAGAUGUUUAUUAGGAAUUUAGCAUAUACAACAACUGAACAGGAUAUAAGAGCAUUAUUUGAGAAAUACGGUCCCCUGUCGGAGGUGAAUUUACCAAUAGACAAAGUUACAAGAAAGCCAAAAGGUUUUGGUACUGUAACUUUUCUAAUGCCUGAACACGCAGUAAAGGCCUAUUCAGAACUGGAUGGCUCAAUUCUAAAUGGAAGAAUGCUUCAUAUACUCCGGGGGAAAGGAAAAGACACAAAGGGGGAGUUAGCUGAUCAAGAGCAUUUGUCCUACAAGGAAAAAAAAGAAUUGCAAAAGAAAGCAACAGCAGGAUCAUCACAUAAUUGGAAUACACUUUUUCUGGGCCAAAAUGCAGUAGCAGAGACUAUAGCGACAACGUACAACACAACAAAAGAAAAGGUACUCGAAGACACUGGUAAUGGUACGAGCGUGGCAGUAAGACUUGCACUAGGAGAAACGCAGUUGGUUCAAGAUGCAAGAAAAUUUCUAGAAGAGAAUGGUGUCCGUUUGGAUGCAUUCAAUAGGCCAGCUGAGAAACGUUCUGGUACUGUGAUACUUGCGAAGAACUUGCCCGCGCAGACUAAUGUCCGUGAGGUUCGAGAAAUUUUCACUCGACACGGUGAACUCGGACGUGUCGUAAUGCCACCUUCGGGAAUAACUGCGCUCAUCGAGUUCCUCGAGCCGUCUGAAGCGCGAAAGGCUUUCUCAAAAUUAGCUUAUACGAAGUUCAAACAUCUACCUCUGUACCUAGAGUGGGCACCGGAUAAUACUUUCACAACAGCUCCAAGCGAAUCUAAUAAAAAUAUGACAAACGCAGACAACUCUAAGGUAUCAUCACAGGUCAAACCAGUUCACACGGUAAAAGAAAACUCUGACGAGGGUUUUAAAAAGGAAGAACAAUCUGAAGUAAACACAAAUAUUCGGCAACAAGUGGAGGACGAAGAGGAGGAUGAGGAGGAGGACCAGCCAGAACCGGAUACAACGUUAUUCGUAAAAAAUCUAAAUUUCUGCACAACCGAAUCAUCAUUGAAGGAAUAUUUCUCAAAAUGCGGCAAACUGCACUACGUCACAGUUGCAACAAAGAAAGAUCCUAAUAAUCCAGGUCAAAAGUUAUCAAUGGGAUAUGGUUUUGUGAGAUAUAAAACAAAAAUGGGCGCAGAUCGUGCUCUGAAAGAACUUCAAAUGACAUCAUUGGAUGGAAAGACAUUGGAACUCAAACGGUCCGAAAGAACACUUCAAACCGACGUAGUGACUGCGAAGAAAUCAGCCAAAAUAGCAGCGCAAACAGGAACGAAAAUUCUUGUGCGAAACAUACCAUUCCAAGCGCAUGCCAAUGAGGUGGAAGAGCUGUUCAAAGCGUUUGGUGAGAUCAAGGCGGUGCGGUUACCGAAAAAAUUGGUGGGAGUAGAAAAACACAAAGGAUUCGCUUUCGUGGAGUAUUACACAAAGAGCGAUGCCAAGAGAGCAUUCAAAGCACUUUGCCAAAGUACCCACUUGUACGGACGUCGAUUGGUAUUGGAAUGGGCCCAAGCUGAGGAGGGUGUGGAUGAGAUUAGAAAGCGAACCGCAAAACAUUUUCACCAAGAGGGACCGGACAACAGAAGUAAAAAGGCUAUGUUGGAUCCAGAAUCUGUGGGCCUGGAUGCAGAAUAAAGACAACACAUUACUAAGCUAUUAUCGUUCCAAGUUUAGAAACUCGCCUACCUACGUGAUUAGGAUAUCCCCAUAAAAAAAUAUAUAUACACACAAAGAAGUAUCGCGAGAUUCGCAAAUUUAGUUAUGCUGAAAUACACAAAGAGGAAACCUGAUUAGAAUGAAGAUGAUUCCACGACGAUUCUCCCUACCACUGCUACUAAAAGUACCCAUUUGACCAGAGAGGACAUUGUGAUAUUUAUUCUCUGAAAUUUACAUACAAAUAAAAGUUCCUCUUUCGGCGAAA